AAAGACGGAGAAUAGAGGGAUAAAGGCUGAUAAGGCUGCACCAGACAGCAGCUUACAGUGGAGGAAGAGAAGAAGCGAGUCGAGCCGUUUCCUCUGAGAUCCCAACAGGGUGAUUCUGCUGCAGCUUCUCUCUGUCAAUGACUUGCUGACCAACACAGAUGAAGUCAUCAGAGCACCUGACCUGCGGUUGGCUGCAGCAGCUACUCGUCGUACUUCUGAAGCUUUGUCUCACUUUUGCUGGGCCUUUGCGACCACUCAAUGGGACAGACUGCACAGCCAAGGGUCCUGCUUCCUACAUCCUGGUCUUUACAGGUCACUGGAGCCCACAGGCAUUCCCCAAGCAGUAUCCACUGUUCCGGCCCCCUGCACAGUGGUCCAAGCUCAUAGCGGUCAGCCAUAAUCGUCAUUUUCGUCUGUGGGAGCAUGGUGCUCCGGCUGGUGCAGGGGUGCAGAGCUUUUCCGAGGUCGGGGUUACGGUGGAGCUGAUGAAGGCGGCCAAGGAGGCCAGGAAGAGACGCGCGGUUGGCGCCAUGCACCGAACAGCCGGCAUCCCUAACGGCAUCGGGCACAGCUCCACGGAGUUGCUCAUGCAGCCCCGGGGCUCCCUGUUGUCCCUGAUGGUGAAGAUCAUCCCCAGCCCUGACUGGUUUGUUGGUGUGGACAGCAUAAACCUCUGCGAGGGCAGCCAGUGGAAACAGGAAGUGACCAUUGACCUCCAUCCUUAUGAUGCCGGGACAGACAGUGGAUUCACUUUCUCUUCUCCUAACUUCCCCACAAGCCCCCGAGAAAACAUCACAAAGAUCACAUCUGAGAUGCCGAACCAUCCCGCCAACUCCUUCUACUAUCCACGUUUAAAGGAGCUUCCACCUAUUGCCAGCAUAAGGAUCACUCAGCAGAGCAGAUCAUCUGACCGUCAAAUCCUUAUGUCCAAUCAUAUCCUGCCAAACUCUAUCAAUCCCCGGCGCUUCUUCGCGACCCCAUUGGACUGUGAAGUGUCUCUCUGGUCAUCCUGGGGUUUGUGUCUUGGUCCCUGCUCCAGAGGUGGUGUCCGCCACCGCACACGUUACAUCCUUUUGCGGCCGGCCAAUGCUGGCGUUCCCUGCCCUGAGCUGGAGGAGCAGGCUGAAUGCGUACCACGCAGUUGCAUGAGACUCCAGUAACCCACAGGGUGCACAGAUACGGCCAGUAUUCAACACUGGGACUCACUGCUGGACUGAGAAAUGUUGCUGCAUCUUGAGCAUCUCCUUGAUAAUGCAAAGGAUCUUUUGUUUUUGUCACAGUCAAAUUGUGGAAAGGAAAGACCUGCUGCCUUCCCUGUGCAGCCAGUUAGUAUUGGAGUGUACCCUCCUCUGGAUGUAUUGUAAUGACAAUAAAGGGAUAUUGAAGUCUGAGUGUAGCAGAACGGUGGGCAGUUAAUUUGUGUUUGAGAUAACACUUUGAAUGUUCAGAUAAAGUGUGAUUUUCUUUUUAAUCAAUUGUCGUGGAUGCAGAAUAGAAAAAUUGAGGGGAAGAUGAAUGAGAAAUGUGUUCCCUGUUUGAGACUUCUUAUGGUUUAUUCGUCAUCAACUUAUGCAUUGAAUCUGUACACUGAUAGUAGCACACCAUAAUCACAACAGAGUCCUUGUACAGUGCAUACUUUUACGGGCACAGAGGGAUUUGUUUACAUAGGGAACCUAUACAUGCUUGGCACAUACAGCUCUUUCAAAAUAAGCUCACACCCCGAUUUAUAAAUAUCACCUAAUAACUGACUUGGGGCUUUGAAAUAGCCUACAGAAGCCGGACUAUUUUAUAAUAAGAU